UAUUUGUUGAAGGUAUUAAAAGUUGUAAACUAUGGCUGAAGUGAACAUUGAUGACGUGUUGAAUGUGCUGGGCUUUGGUCGUAUGCAGUUAAUCCUAUUCAUCAGUUGUGCGACACAACAAAUGUAUAUAUCAAAUGAGCAAUUUGGAUUGGGAUUGGUGUCUGUGGCGGCGAGUUGUGACUUUCAGAUCGAUGAGCAUAGAAUGGCAUGGUUAAUGACAGCUGUGUUUAUAGCACAGGUGGGAUCGAGUCACUAUUUGGGCUAUAAAUCGGAUGAGAUUGGAAGGCGUAAGCUGAUUCUCAUCUCAUCGAUGCUGACCAUGUUGUUCUCAUUGAUAUCAUCUUUUAUGCCAGAUUUUUGGUCAUUUCUUGUCGUUCGCUUCAUUACGAGCUGCUUUCUUCCUGGUCCAGGUUCGACCGUGCUCACCUACAUGAGUGAGUUUACACAGAUCAAGCUGCGCCCCGAAGUCACCAAUUUUCUAAGCUAUGCUCUUGGCGUUAGCAUGAUCUAUGUGCCACUUGUGAGCAUGUGGUUGUUACCUUUGAAUAUUCGCCUAAUGAUAACGGACAACUAUGGAUUUACCAGUUGGCGUGCUCUUAUGGUCGUUAAUCUGCUGCCUGGUGUAAUUUCCUGGAUCAUGAUCUUUUGCAUGCCCGAGAGUCCCAAGUAUUAUCUAUCCAUUAAUCAGGUGGACAAGGCUUUGGAGGUAUUGGAAAGGUGCUGUCGAUAUAACAAGGGUAAGGAUGUCACCCUCAAGAGUUUAGGCUUUGAAAAUGUGUCACAGCCUCGUUUACGCGGUGAUUCCUAUAUUAAACAUAACUUUCUUUUCAUCCGCAUGUGGAGCGAAACGAAGCCUUUGCUGCAGGGCAUGUAUCUGCGACAUAUGCUGCUGAUUAUUGCAAUUCUGAUCUUCGAAUUUGGCACGGGUUUUGGUCUGGCCGUUUGGAUGCCGCGUAUACUUAAAAUGCAGAGCGAUGUUGGCGAUCCAAUGAUACUCUGUGAUUUGGUGGAAGCAGCACAUGCCUUAAAUAAAACGGUAGCCGAAUCAGAGUGCAAUGUGCCAACAAAGUUUCUGUUGUAUGCCAUAUUUAACGGAUGUUGUUGCUUGGCCAUGUUUAUGUUGAUCAGUCUGCUUUUGAUUUGGAUUAAUCGCAAGAUUAUUCUGUUGGCCUUUGCGAUGCUCGCUACCAUUGCUGGUUUUAUGCUCAACGUGGUCAAGACACAUUUUUUUGUUACCGCGUGUUUUGUGUUUCUGACUGUGCCUCCACUGUGUAGUCUGAGAUUGAUAUUAUCUGUGCUAAUUGAUGUGAUACCCACGCAUUUAAGAAAUAAAUCUGUUGCCCUGGCUAUGAUGUUUGGACGGAUUGGAGUUUUGUUUGCCGGUUUGUACGUGGGUUACACACUGAAAUGGAAUUGUUAUCUCACAUUCAAUGCAUUCGCUGCUGUCAUGUUAAUCAGCUUUGUGCUCAUAACACGUUUACCAUCGGAUGCGGAUGUUAUUGACAUUGCAACAAAAUAAUUUGUUCAUCUAUAUAUUUAUUUUAAGUGAUUUGCAUUGUAUGUCAAUAAAUGCUUGUAUGAAGUUACAUAACAAAAAAA